UAAACCUUUAUCAGUGAAUUUCCUAUCUCUGUUUGGACACACAAGGACAUCAGGAGGCAGCAAGGCUGUGUUUACUGCAGAAGCUAAACUUUUCACACUAGAAGUCAUCAUGCUUUACACAGAUUUACUGCAGCUUUGGAAUGAGUCAGUGCAGGCAAUGGAUAGCAAGGACUGGCAAGGAGCUCUGGCAAAGAUGGACCAGAUUACAGAACCUACAUCUUGGACACUCUUCAAUGCUGCCUCAGCACACAUCUGUAUGGGACAUCUGGAUUCUGCCCUCAAGGCAUUAGACCUCACAAUUGUCAAGGAUCAACGACUUUCUGUUGCAUUCUUCCAGAGAGCAGCCAUCAAGAUUCUGCUUGGCAGGUUGGAAGAGGCUCUGUCUGACUGUGUCUGGGCACAGAAACACUUAAGAGGAAACAAUGUCAUUGACUACCGACAACUUGGACUGCGCUAUAAACUGAACAGCUGGCAGGUGUCACAUAACGCAGCUGCUGUGUACUGUCGACUGGAUCAGUGGGAGCAAGCAAGAGAUGUUCUCGUGUCGAACAAUCAAGGCGGGAAUCUAGAGAUGGCUUUGGACAUGAUUCUGAGAAAUGAAGUCCUCGCACCUCUCCUGGUACCUGAGGGUGUCGUGUUUCGGCCCAGGAAAAAAGAUGUGGAACAGCUCAAGCCGAGGGACUUUUUAGGGAAACCCAAGGUGAUUUCAUCUAUGAUACCCAAUGACGAUUUUGGGGGAUUUGAACCUCUCAGAUUGCAGAAACCUGGUUUUUAUCAGCCCAGUGUGGAUGGGGCUCAGCAUUCUCGCUACAUGUGUAUGGGCGUCCCUUACAUGGCUCGAGGUCCGGGUCAGUUGACCGUGCCAGGAGGUGCCAAGGUCUUUAUAUUUGGAGAAGAGGACAGGGAUGGAAUGGCAACUGUCAUAUAUGAUGGACAGAGAGGACUUGUGCCAGCAUCUCUGCUCAAGCCAGCAGAUAUAAAGACAGCCGAAGGCAAAACUGCAAAUACACUUCCGACUGGGAUCCCCCUCCCUCCAGGUCUAAAGCCACCCACUCGUCCACAAACCAGAUCCAGUUCUGCAACUCCUACUUGGGAACACCUGAUCUCCGACACACCACCACCACCCUACGCAACCGCCACCCGUAUUCAACCGUCAACCUCAACACUUCCCGGGUACACAGCCAAUGCAGCCAGCAAGCAGAUUGUCAACGUGGUCCAGGAAUCCGAAGCAGACUCUGUCGUGAUGGUGAAAGUUAAUUACAUAUACACUGUGGCACUGUCAGUGGCAACGAAUACAACAUACCAUGAACUGAAGGAAGAUAUUGCGCAUAAAUUGGAUCAGCCAUCAUCUUCUCUACGUCUCAGAUACAGGAAGCAUGGCUCCCGUUUGCUGGUACCUCUCGAUUGGGAGGUAGAGACAGGCAAAACCAUACACGACGUGUCAGAGGCUGGCAGAGCAACUCUGUGGUGCCAGGUCGAAGAUCCCCUGCACAACCAUAAUAUCCUUUACCAAAUGGUGGCAAAACAUGAUUAUUCUGCUCAGGGCCCAGAGGAUUUAGAGUUUAGUGAAGGGGACACCAUUGACAUUCUGUGUGAAGUUAACGAAGAGUGGCUCGAGGGACACUGUGCAGGAAAAAACAGGCCCGCGGGCGACUCAUCUGGUCCUUACGGGCGACCUGGUGCCCGCGGGCGACCUGGUGCCCGCGGGCACCGCGUUGGUGACCCCUGCUGUACAUCAAGCAAGAAUAGGAAAUAAUUCCACCUGAAAAGCUUCAAAAAUUGGUCUCCUCAGUUCCCAAACGUUUACUGAGUGUGGUUAAAAGGAAAGGCCAUGUAACACAGUGGUAAAAAUGCUCCUUUGCCAACUUUUUCCAAUGUUUUGCUGCCAUUAAAUUCUAAGUUGAUGAUUAUUUGCAACAACAAAAAAAUUAAGUUUCUCAGUUUGAAUGUUAAAUGUCUUGUCUUAGCAGUAUAUUCAAUCGAAUAUAAGUUGAAAAGGAUUUUUGUUUGUAUUCUGUACAUUGUAUUCUGUUUUUAUUUACGAUUUACACAACGUGUCAACUUCACUGGUUUUGGGUUUUGUAUCAGUAACUGUUAGUGAUACAUGUUGCAUAGCAUCUAUCUUCUUAGAUGAGAAACCUACACAGCUCAAUGAGAUAAAAUGACCAAAGGUGCCCACUUAUGUUUCAGAAGACUACACAUGCUUGGCCAACGAUCAAAUUGGAACUUGUGCUUGUAAAAUGUGAUUCACAGAGAAGUGCAAAAAGUGUGACAAUCAACUAUGACAGUAAUUUGAUUAAAGUGAGUGCAUUAAUUAAUAUGUAAAUGUAAUGAGUGAGUUGAUCUGUAUUGAUUUCAUCAUUCUUAAUGAUUCAUAUUUUUCAAAUAGAAUAAAGUGUAGUUUUGAUAAUAGUCAUCUAUGCAGUAGGCACACAUGCAUAUCAUGUAAUGUUUGUCACGAUGCUGGUCUGAAAAUGUUCCCAAAAUUCGUUUUUUGGUAUUUUAGUCGUGUGUCAAUGAACCAGGUCAGUGAAAUGCAACAUUUUUGAUUCAAUAAAGGGUUUGUAUGUUAUCGAUAACCAACAUUAUGUAUUAUCCUAACUGACCUCGUUAGUUAUAUUUAGUCAAUGAAGCAUACUUUUGUAGUUACUUCUCAAUAUUUCUACACUAUUACUCAGUUAUGGGAACAGUGCAAAAUGUUGUAGAUUUUUAACAUGAAAUUGCAUGUUCAUUUUAUCAUCUAUUAUUAUGCCUAGAGAUUUGAUCUAUUUGUCAUUGUUUAUGCCAGAGCAAGGCAGAAUACGGCCUGUUAGCUUUUAAAUUAGGCCUGCUGGACGUUGCCAAAUUAUUUUUUUAAACAUUUUUCAUCGAAAAUGUUAAAGGUUAUUGUUUACAGUCCUCAUGGAGAAUAUGAUGCGAAGUGCCGUUUUCAAAUUACCGUAGGCCUUAAACUAUAGGAAGUAUUGAAAUGGUUGGAGUCUGUGCUAUUGACUGUGAUAAUGGUUGUUAUAGUUAUCAUAGGCACUACGUCACAGCAGCUCCAGGCGGACAAGACACAAAGUGGGUGGGGUUUGUUUACAGAACAGCCAACUUGAGUAAGACACACAAGU